AUGUUUUAUCAUGGAUAUGAUAAUUAUAUUAAAUAUAGUUUUCCAAAGGAUGAAUUAAAUCCAAUAAGUUGUAGUGGUACCAAUACAUUUGGAGAUUAUGCAUUAACGUUUAUAGAUAGUUUAGAUGCAUUAGUAGUUUUAGGAGAUUUAAAAGAAUUUGAAAGAGCAAUUAAAUGGGUAUCAGAGAAUAUUAGAUUUGAUAAGAAUUUAACGGUAUCAGUAUUUGAAACGAAUAUUCGUGUUUUAGGUGGACUAUUAUCAGCACAUUUAUUAGCAGAGGAACAUUUACAACCAAAUAGUUAUGAUGGUUCAUUAUUACCAUUAGCAAAGGAUUUAGGUGAUAGAUUAUUGAAAGCAUUUGAAACACCAACUGGUAUACCGUAUGGUGCUGUCAAUCUAAAGUAUGGUGUGCCCAGUGGUGAAAUUGCAAUUACAAGUACAGCUUCAGCAACCACAUUCUCAUUAGAGUUUGGAAUAUUAUCGCGACUUACAAAUGACAGGAAAUAUGAUGAUGCCGCAAGAAAGGCUGUUAGGUCAAUUUGGAAGUAUAGGUCGGAUUUGGAGUUGGUGGGUAAUCAUAUCAAUAUCAUCAAUGGUGAGUGGACGAUUAAGGAAGCGGGCAUUGGUACAGGUGUGGACUCAUUCUAUGAGUACCUCUACAAAUCGGCAAUCUAUUUCGAUGAUGAUGAAUAUUUAAGUUUAUUCGAGAAGAAUUACAAGUUAAUCAAUAAAUACAUUAAAAAGGACCCAUGGUAUGUCGAUGUUUCAAUUGAUCGUGCAUCCAUAGUUUGGCCAAUCUACAAUAGUUUACAAUCGUUUUGGCCCGGUAUUCAAUCGAUGUAUGGUGAUUAUGAGAAUGCUUUCUCUACAAUUAAAUCAUUUCAUAUCGUGUGGCGUCGUUAUGGUUUCAUACCUGAGGGUUAUAAUCUAUUGUCUGGCAAUGUUCAACCUGGUCAAAAGGGGUACCCACUCAGACCUGAAUUGGCUGAAUCUUUAUAUCACAUGUAUCAAACUAACAAGGAUCCAAUAUUCAUUAGAAUGGCAAAAGAUUUGGUUUGGACAAUCUCCAAUGUAACCACAACCAAAUGUGGUCAUGCCAAUAUACUCGAUGUUGAAUCUCAUCAAUUGGAUGAUCGUAUGGAAUCUUUCUUUCUUUCAGAAACUUGUAAAUACCUUUUCUUACUAUUCAAUAGUAUAGAUAACUAUAAUGGAACUGAUAUUCAUAGUGAUUCAACAACCUAUUCAAAUCCUAAUCCAAUCGAUAUUGAAAAUUCAAUAUUCAAUACCGAAGGUCAUAUAUUUCCAAUGCAAUCAAGAUUUUUUAAAAAAUUUACAACCACUACUAAUGAUAUUUCCGAUAUAAAUUUAAUUAAAAAAGAAAAUAAUAAUAAUAAUAGUAAUAAAGAAAAAGAUAUUAUUAAAAAUAAUAAUAAUAAUAAUAAUAAUAAUAAUAAUAAUAACAAUAAUCAAAAAAAUAAAAAUAAUAAAAAUAAUAAUGAAGAAGAUAAUUUUAGUGUUAAUAAAAUAAACGAUAAUGUAAAUGAUAAUGAAAAAAAAGAAGUUGUAAAAGUAAAUAAUAAUAAUAAUAAUAAUAAUAAUAAUAAUAAUAAUAAUAAUAAUAAUAAUAAUAAUAAUAAUAAUAAUAAUAAUAAUAAUAAUAAUAAUAAUAAUAAUAAUAAUAAUAAUAAUAAUAAUAAUAAUAAAAAAAAUAAUAAUAAUAAUAAUAAUUUACUAUUAAGUUACGAUAGUACUUUAGAAAAAGCAAAUUGGACUUGCGAACCAUUACCAUUUUUAAGAAGAAUAUCAUCUGGUACUUUCCAAUUUAUUGGGGGUCCUCAAGAUAUUGAAUGGUUUGAAGAUAAAAAGAUCAGAGAUGCGAUGUUUGAUCUUACAACUUAA